AUGUCUAUCAACCUUAUGAUUCGUGCCAGUGACCUUCCAGACGCUGAAGCACAAUGUCUUUGGAUAAUCAGAAAGAACCUUGGGGAUGAAGUUCCUGUUCCGGAAAUCUAUGGCUGGAGAGUUGAUGGGGAUUACGUAUUUAUAUACAUGGAAUUACCUCAGGAUCCUUUCAUCGGCUCCCUCAGUCGGGGUCAUCUUUCAGAUAUCAUAAUUGAGAGCCAACCUCCUGGCGGCCUAUUUGCAAUUAUUAAACAAUUUAGCGAGUGCUUUUCUUCGCUACCCUGGCUUGGUUUUACACUUGCGAGUAACUUCAAGGACCCUUGGAGGGAGUAUCUACCAGAUGACGGGUCGAUUAAACCAACGCCUGGGGACUUAUAUCGAGGUAAUAUCAUCGUUUCUCCCACAACACCGCCCCGUGCGCUUGCAAUUAUCGACUGGGCUCAUUGUGGAUGGUUUCCUGAUUAUUGGGAAUACUGCAAGGCAGCUCAUACAUGUUUGUAUGGAGGGAAAUGGCUGAAUAAAUGGUUCCCGAAGUUCCUGACUCCAUGGGUUGAGGUGCAUGGGAUUUUUGCCGAAUAUACAUAUGGGAUGGGAGCUUUCUGA